CUACAUUAACAAGAGAGUUAUGUGAAAGAAUUAAUAUUCUAAAAUGGAAGCAAACGAUUUUAUUGCAAAAUUGAAGGCUGACGGGUCGGCCAACGAUAUUUAUGACUUGGACAAAGUUUUCGCUAAUUAUAAGGAACUUUUGGAGAAAUUACCAUCAAAAGACAGAGGAGCGUUCUCUCUUAACGUUCUUUGUAUACUUUCCAGAAAUAUUGACAAAGUCCCAUCAUGGCGCGACAAGAUAGACGCCAAAGUGUUGCUGAACUUAUCCAUAGACUGUGUGCGGCAGACGAGGGGCCUGGAGAAGUCUGAGCGAACGAAGGCUCUGGCUUGUGUGUACCAUUUACACAAGUUUAUUGUGAGACACCCAACUCAGCCACCACCAGAGCUGGUCCUCAAACUCUCUUACAUGCCAUUUGAGUACGAACAGGACUACCUCCUCUCCGAAUACUGCAAGACAUACUGGAACCUGCUCGCUGACCGACUCAUGUUCAUCGAGAAGUUUAAAACCGGUCGCAGAGCCAUCAUCAAACUGCUACCAAAACUUACCGAAGACAUACAGAAGGUUGUACUAAUGUAUGACACCGUACAAUUCUGUAGUACUAUUCUAGUGUUCCUAUUGAAGAAAUUACAUUUCCUAUACAAUACAGAACAUGCCAAGGAGUUGAAUAAGAGUUUUGGACUGAUAUUUGAGAGUUUAUCCUUAAAAAAAGAUGUGAAAUCAUUUAAGAAGUUAACGGAGAAACAAAUGAUUGAAAUAUACACAAAGUUCAGCGAUUGCUUCUGCGUUAUAGCGGAGAAUGCAACAAAGUUGAAUUUCACAGACUCCGUUUUGACUGAGGUGGUUCGUAGCUGUAUACCGUUCAUCGGGCAUACUCCAGACCUAUUCCACUGUUUACAGACGUUCUACUUAAAUUCCUUCUGCUGUAUUUUUACUGAUAACGGCAAUCCAAGCAUAAAUGAGACUGUUUUAAACAGUUUAAUAAUUUCAUGUGAAACAACAGAAAAAUUAGGAUAUGCAAAAGCAAUGAGGGCUACUUAUCCUUAUAUAAAUCAAUUGUUAAGAGUAUUUAUCGAAUAUAACUUACCUAAGUCAACAUUAACUGAAGAUGGUCAAGAAACUUGUCUUAAAUUGAUAAUACUCUUACUAGAUAAGUUAAAAGACACAGAACAGUUGUUGAAAUGUGAUAACUGUAAGAUCAAAUCAGGUUUACAUGAUGCUCUACGUCUCUCAUUUAUCGCUAAAAACUUCAUCUCGGCCUGUCUGAGCUCUAAACAUGAUGUUAGUUCAAUUCUACAGCCCUAUCUCAUGAUUAUUAAGAAACAACACAGUAUUUUAACCGAAUUAGCGCGUCUUAGUUGCCCGAAUUAUGAGAAAUGUCUUCGUAAACUGCAAACGGACAUACACAACACCGCUAUACUUCUGAAUAAGGCAGAGAACUUCGAAUCAGCGAUACAAUUCUUCGACUUAUAUCUGACGCAUGAAUUUCUUCAUUUCAAGUCAUCUCAAGACUUGAAAAAUAUAAGCAGAGCGUUAUAUAACAAAAGUAUAUGCGAGUUAGAUUAUAAAAUGUAUGAGAAAGCGCUCUUAGACGGGUUUCUAAGUCUAGUUUUUGCUCAGCCGGAAGGUUUAAGCUCGGAGAAGUAUAUGAGCUUGGUGAUGGACGUGAAGGCUAAAGCGUUGAAGGGUUGUGACGAUGAAGAGUUGCAAAUGAUGACGGUGCUGGAUGCUUGCAAUGUGGUGGUAGAGAGGAAACUGUAUGGGAAUCUGAAGCCGUUCUUCGCUCGUUUAGAUUUCAACACACUACUACACCACGAGUUCACCCUAUACGGUCGUCUGUGGCCGUCUUUAUCGCCUGUAGCGGGCGUGUGGCGAGCCCUACACUACCUAUCAACUGGCAAGCGAUAUCCUUGGAUGUGUGCUCAACCUCCGUCCAUAGACACUCUCUACACCAUAAUCAUCCAAACACCAACAGUCGUCCGUACGAUCCACAACCCGCACCUAUCCGCCAUCUUGUCGUCUAUACUCGACAACAUGUCUCGCACGGGCGACGUCAAGAUGAAAGUGAUUGAGGCCACGCUGCUGUUUUUGAAGGCGGAAAUGGACUUGGCUGAUGCCGCUGUGAAAUAUGAGUGGAAGAGUAAAGACCAGAGCAUAGACCCUGACUUGGUGCCAUGCUGUCGAACACUAGAACAGGAGCAUAAGGCAUUAAAACCUGCUUUACAAGGAGUGAAGCUAUGGACCGAAGUUCUGUCUCGCCUAGAUGACGUACCUCAAGACUUCCUAACCUCGCCUCUGCUCGUGUUACGAGUGAUGUUGCAGCAACUGUUGCACGUACGCAGCGCGUACGCUUUACAACUGGCGCAUGUGAUGCUGAGGGUGAGCCAGCGUCUACAAGACAGAGCGUCCUACCUCGAAGCGGCAGGCGUCAUGCUAUCCCACGCGUACAAACCGAGCGAGCAAUUACGAAGGAUAUUGUCUCUGGCCGCCGAGUGGGCGGGACGCGUGACGGACGACGAGAGAACCAGGGAGGCGGCGCUAGUCUUCUUAUGUGACGCUGCUAUAUUCUACCACAACACGAAACAGCAUUCCGCCGCGGCCAAACUGAUCCGCGUAGUGCAAUCCAGCCUCAUAUCAAAUAUGGACUCUAUGCCGAUAACAACAGGGCGCGUUUUGGACGCGCAAGCUCUGUAUGGGGACCUGAGCGCUAGCGUCCAUGCGCAACGGCACUGGCUUACUGUUGGGAAUAAUGAAACCACCUGGGUCCGCCGCCAGCACCGCUCUCUACUCCUCAAACACCACAUCCUUACCUCCACCUUACACGCUGUGUCUCUAUCCCGCUCGCUCCGCCUACGUAGGAGGGGGAGGGCGGUCACCGCUUGCGCUCUCGCCUCCGCUUCCGCUCAAGCGAGGGUAGAACUCUGUAUAACAGCGAUGGAUCCUAGUCGGUGUGACGUGGCGCGAGCCACAAUCGACCAGCGUCUCAAACACAUAAUCGGCCUCCAAACCAACGAGUGCGCCCUCCAGAAACCGCCUCCGACCGACCUCAAAACCGCCCCCCACACCCCCCACUUAGAGGCCGUUCGCGACGCCAGGAUACCUAAGAAACACCAGACUAGUCCUUCAAUACCUGUUGACUAUGUCGCCGCGUUCAAAAUACCGGAAUUCUUCGACCAUGUGUCUAACUGUGAGUGCUAUUCUUGUCAAACACCUAGUAUAUUCCUUUUGACUUCGCAAUUGCUAGGUAUGGAAGCUAGCGUCUAUUUUAGGGGUAAAGAAUUCGAUGUAGCUAAGAAUUACUUCAAUGGUGUCUUAGAGAAUUUCUGUAACGUGGAAAAUAAAAUAAAAAUGUGUUUGAGAAAGUUGAGGGAAAAAUUCGAAAAGUAUGUUGUAGAUAUUAUUGAGAAGGGCUUUGAAAAAGAGUUGUUCAAUGUCGAACUUGAAGUUUUGAUCGAAGCUGCUUAUUUUGAGCUAUCACAAAAAAAUUACACGAAAUCUGAUGAUUAUAUAUACGUCAGAAUCAAUGAGAUAUUACAAGCGGCUGAUAUAGAUGGGUAUACUAAGAAUGAAAUUAUGAAUUUGAUGACCGCUUCGGAGAUUCUAAGAAAGACAGAUAAAGUGCCUGAUAGAAUGACAGAAAUUGAAAAUGACUUAGAAAAUUUGAAAAUUACACCUACUAAAGAAAUCUUAAAAACACCAGAAGCAAAGCCAAGUAAACCACCUACAGUUGUCAACAAAAUUGUAGUUAAUAAAGAAGAGUUGCCGGAUUUGAAAUAUAAAAUACCAGCGCUGAAUUUCGAUGAGCCCGAAGAACAAAUUGUACCAAAAAAGAAAACGAAUUUCAAAAUACCGAUACCUGUAACCCAUAAACCGGUUUUAGAAACUAUAACACCAAGACCAUCUAGAUCUAAAGUGAAUAUAUUAGUGACUGAACCAUCUGAAGAAGAUAUAGAUGUAGCUAUGACUCCACAGAAUGAUAAGUCAAAAGUUGAAUUUUUCACCCCCUCAGAAUCGACCCCGGAUCAAUUUUUCACCCCCCAAACGUCAGUCAAAACUUACGCGAAGAAAUCUCUAAGACAGAAUAUUGUUAAGAAUUUGGAGCAAGAAUUUUCUUCGAAAGAAAUUCCAAAAAAAUCAAAAGAAGAUCUUCCAAAAGAUGUAAAAAGGGUUUCAAAAAUCGUAAGAGAGGAUUCUAAAGAAAAUAGUAAGCCUAAUAUACCAAAACCAAAAAUAGAGGCAGCGAAGAGCCUUCUAGAAUCAAAAAGAGGUAGAGUCGAGACGGGGUCCCUCCAGUCGUUGAAAGACAGAAGGGCAUUGAAACGGUCGACCAGUCCGGGAAAACUCCCUAAGGAAGAUGUUAAGGAUAACCCGAAGACUAGACUUAGGAGACCUGUGGUUAAAGUUGAGAGAGAUGACAAGAAAUGACAGACUGCUGUCAAAAAUAGUUUCGUAUUGACACAUGGACCAAGUUAGGCAACCACCAAAAGCAGUAAUAAAGAGUAUUAUCGUACAGUAUGACCACUCCCGCUCCCCGCUGAAAGUGCCGCCCACCCGUUCUCGGUUACCUCGAAGCAAAGAGGAUCCAGUAUUAUAGAGAAUGACUGUCAAAGUAAAAUGUGUAAUCACAGUGCAUAGACUGCCAUCUCUCGACACCGGCUUAAAACUUUUGAACCUCAGUUUUGACAAUUUGGCCCAUAUUCUUAG